GAGAAGGUGCUGGCCGUCGGACACCUCAACAAGAAUGGCGUCGACUAUGACUUCGCCGCUUCCCUUCAGUUUAAGGACCAGAAAACGGCAUCCAUUUCCUGCCACUCACUGCUAAAUCUGGAAAAUGAGGCCACAAUUGUCGGCACUAAAGGCAUCAUCAAGUUAGGUGCGAGCUUUCACGCGGCACAGAAAGUGUACGUCAAUGAUAAGUUGCAUGAGUUCAAGCACCCGGACCCCAUUAUACCCCUGGUCUACGGCAGUACAGGCCUGUGCUAUGAGGCCAAUGAGGUCCGCAAGUGUCUCAAAGCGAAUCAAUUGGAGAGCGCCGUCAUGUCAUGGGACGCGUCGCUUACAAUCAGCAAAAUCCAGGACUCAAUCCGCAAACAAAUUGGUGUCGUCUAUGAUGUCGACCCUCCCUCUCAAUAA